AUGUGGAAAAGUUCGGCUAACACCUAAAAGGAUUCGCCCAAGGGGAGGGGAGCCCUGUUUAACAACUGCUGCUAAGCGAACAAAUUUAUCACCUAAAACAGUGUAGGGUCUGUUAAAAAAUAAAUAAAAAGAAAAAAGAGUGUAGGUCUAACCAAAAUUAUUAUUUUGUAGCAAGGGGUGUGGGUGUGGGGGAGAGAGAGCAAAAGCACCAAACCCACCCCAAGAGAGCUCCUAAAUUUCAAGCCAGCGUACCAUCUUUCUCCCUCCCUUCCUCCUAGACCAAUCCUCAAACCAUACAUGACACACACAUACACCAUGCUUCCCACCUCACCCACCAUACACCACCCCAACCUCCCUCCACCCCCGCCUGAGCUCACCCCAAAAUGGCACGCCAAAGCAGCCUCCAUGUCCGUCCACCCCUGCCUCACCAUGCUACAAACAUGCCCAAACAUGAGGACCCUCAAACAAAUCCAUGCCCAUAUGCUUCGCCUCCAUCUCGUAUCUGAUACCUUCUGCGUAAGCCGCCUCGUUGCCUUUUGCGCUCUCUCUCCCAAAGGCAGUCUCGACUACGCUCGCCUCCUCUUCUCUCAACUCCCUUUCUCUCUCAUCAACUCCUUCAUAACCAACACCAUGAUCAGAGGCCUCUCCAACUCCUCAAAUCCCCAUCUUGCCCUCGAAUUCUACCGAAAUUUACAGGCUGAGGGCCUCGAAACCGACCAUCAUGCCCCUACCUUUCUGUUGAAGGCAUGUUCACGCAUGGGGUCUGCCACGCUUGGCCAUGCGAUACAUGGGAGAGCAGUCAAGACGGGGCUGGAAUCUGACCUUUACAUCGGGAAUGCCCUGGUGCAUGCUUAUGCCAGCUUUGGUGAAGUAGAUGAUGCCAAUAAGGUGUUUGAUGAGAUGCCUAUGAGAGAUAUGGUUUCUUGGAAUGCAUUGAUAAAUGGGUAUGUAGAAAAUGCGCAAUUUAGAGAAGCCUUCCAGCAAUUUAGUAAGAUGGGGUUGGAGAACUUCCAGGCUGAUGAAGUAACAAUGGUAGGUUUGCUCUCGGCAUGUGGUCAGAUGGGCGCCCUAACAAUAGGCAGGGCGUUGCACGCACAUGUCAUACGUCAAGACCUCAAAAUUGGGGUUGUAUUGAACACUGCACUCAUCGAUAUGUAUGCGAAAUGUGGGCAAUUAAGGCUUAGCAGGAAGCUCUUUGAUUCAAUGCCUCAGAAAACUGUAGUCACCUGGAACACAAUAAUGGCUGGUUACGCUCAGGGUCGAGAGAGCAAGGAGACAUUGAGCCUAUUUGAAAGCUUACUGGGUUCAAAUGAGGUCUGGCCUAAUGCAAUUACCAUGCUUAGUGUACUCUCAGCUUGUGCUAAUCUUGGUGCUCUCAAACAAGGACAGUGGGUCCACAAAUAUAUAGAGAGGUAUGGAGUGGUUAUGGAUGAGUUUGUGAUGACGGCUUUGAUAGACAUGUACGCAAAGUGUGGGAGCAUAGAGAAUGCAAGGUCGGUUUUCAAGAGAGCCGAGCGUAGGGAUGUGUCAGUGUGGACGGCCAUGAUCCAGGGUCUUGCCACUCAUGGUCAGGGGAGAGAGGCCCUUGACCUCUUUGAGGAGAUGCAAAGAGAGGGUGUAAAACCAAAUGCGGUCACAUUUGUGGGAGUCUUGUGUGCAUGCACCCACUCUGGACUUGUAAAUGAGGCACGCUAUCUAUUCAAGGCUAUGGCUCAAGACUAUGGAAUCAAGCCCAAAGUGGAACACUAUGCAUGCAUGGUGGACCUUCUUGGACGAGUGGGUCGGCUCGAUGAAGCAAGAGCUCUAAUAGAAAGCAUGCCAGUAGAGCCAGACGAGUUUGUGUGGGGUGCUCUCUUAGGUGGGUGUAGGAUUCAUGGGAACAUAGCUUUAGCCGAAGAAGCCAUGGCUCAACUUGUGACCCUUAAUCCACAUAAUGGUGGGGUUUAUGUUUUGGGCUCCAAUAUGUACUCAGAAGUUGGUCAAUGGGAUUUGGCAGCCAAACUAAGGAAGAAGAUGAGGGAGAUUGGGGUCAAGAAGCCACCAGGGUGCACUAUAAUAGAAAUGGGCGGCUUGGUUCAUGAGUUUGUUGCUGGAGAUUAUGUGCACAAGAACGCCAAGGAAAUACAUGAGAUGUUGGGUGAGAUAAGGAACCGACUAGAUGAGUUGGGCUACAUACCCAACACCUCGGUUGUGGUGCUUGACUUGGAUGAGGAAGAGAAGGAACGAGCACUAGGGGUGCACAGCGAGAAGCUGGCAAUAGCUUUUGGGCUGAUCAAUACUGUAAAAGGGGAGGUUAUUCGAAUGGUGAAGAAUUUAAGGGUGUGUGAGGAUUGUCAUGAGUUUUCAAAGGCAGUUUCGAGGGCAUUUGGUAGAGAGAUUGUUGUGAGGGAUCGGACUCGAUUCCACCACUUCAAAGAUGGUUCAUGCUCAUGCAAGGACUUCUGGUUUGGUUCUGGUUUGGUUGUUGCUGUUGUUGCUGUUGAGGCUGCUGGUGGAAGCGUUUCACACUCAAGACUUGAAAGAUGGUACUGUACCCAACAAAGAAGCGCAGUGCAGGCUGCUCCUGGUCCAAGUUCAAAAGCGCCCCUUCAUUAUCCUUCAAAAUCGAACCAAGGAUAUCUUUCAACAGAUUGGGUAACUGUGCAAACAGCCACAACACUCCGAGGAAGGCCCGAACCUGGAGAUAUACGCAUAGGAAGCCCUGGAUUCACAGCACCUGAACCCGAAGGCCCCACCAAAUUUGGGUUCACUCUAUUUAAAACAGCCCCACUUGGCCCAAUUGCUCUAGGUAUUCCAGCCGAACUUGCAGGGUUGGGUCGAGCCCCAGUUGUUGGUGGUGGAGCUUGUGAAUUCACAGUUUUCAAACCCAAAGUAACUAGCCGUUGGGUUCUCCCUCCAAUGGUAGUCAACCGUUGCCUUGACCUUCUCCACCAUUGCUGCCACCCCAAACAACUCCACCAAGCCCAUGCCCACCUCCUUAUCUCAGGGCUACUCUCUCUUCCUCACCUUCUUAAUGCCCUAAUUCGCACCUGUGCUCGCCUUGGUCUAGCCCAACAUGCCGAAAGGGCCCUCAGCCAUGACCCAAAUCCUAAUGCCUUCCUUUGGACCUCUGCAAUCCAUGCCCAAGUCUGCUCCAACCUACCUAAACAUGCCUUUGUCCUCUUUCAAUCAAUGCUGGCCCACCAAGCCCGACCCCUUGAAUUUACCCUUUCAUCUCUGCUAAAGGCCUCUGCCCUAAAUUUGGACCCUCGAUCGUGCCUGUCCCUCCACACCCAUGUUGAGAAAUUGGGUUUUGAGUCUUGGAUCCUCUUGCAAAAUGGGCUCGUUGAUGCGUAUGCCAAGUGUGGGCGUUUGGAUUUGGCUAGAGAAGUGUUUGAUGAAAUGGAUGAAAGAGAUUUGGUUUCAUGGAAUUCCAUUAUAGCUGGGUACAGUGGUCAAGGGGAGGUAGGGAUUGCUCGGAAGCUCUUCGAGGAGAUGCCAGAGAGGAAUUCAAUCUCUUGGACAUCUAUAAUUGGUGGGUAUUUGAGGGUUGGAGACUUGGUGGAGGCACGGACUUUGUUUGAUCGGAUGGGGGAGAGGGACCCAGCAUCAUGGAGGGUCAUGAUUGAGGGGUAUUUGGCUUAUGGAGAGAUCGUGGCCGCUCAAUAUCUAUUUGAACUGAUGCCCCAAAAGGAUAUUGGGUCAUGGAAUCUCAUGAUUCGUGGGCUUUGUCAGUUUGGAGAGAUGUGUCGAGCUCGAGUGCUCUUUGAUCAGAUGCCUAAGAAGAAUGUGGCCUCGUGGACCAUGAUGGUUGAUGGUUUCAUGAAGAUUGGGGACUUAGGUUCUGCAGUGUUGUUUUUUGAGCAAAUGCCUGAAAAGAAUUUGAUUUCAUGGACAGUCAUGAUCUCUGGUUUUGCACACAAUGGCGCACCAAUUCAGGCUUUGGAUUUGUUUUGGAGAUUUGAGCAAAUGGGUAUUGAACCAGAUGAGACCUGCAUUUUGGGGGCCAUCUCUGCGUGUUCACAGCUUGGAAUUCUUGAAACAGGUGAGAAGAUCAUACAAAAACACAUAAAUCAAAUAGCUAAAACAGAACUUUCUCCUCAGAUGGUUACUAGCAUGAUAGAUAUGUACGCAAAGUGUGGGGCUGUGGAUAAAGCUUAUAGAAUAUUCAAAGAAGCUCGGGAUAAAGAUGUUGUUUGUUACAGUGCCAUGAUUACAGCUUUCGCUAACCAUGGCAAGGGUGAGGAAGCUCUAGGGUUAUUUUAUAGGAUGUUGGAGAAUGGGUUCAGACCAGAUGGUGUUACUUUUAUGGGCGUUUUGAGUGCUUGUAGUCAUUCUGCCCUCAUAGAAGAAGGAAAGAAGCAGUUUGAAUCUAUGAGCAAAGACUAUGGCAUCAGGCCAUCAGAGAGGCACUAUGCUUGUAUGGUUGAUCUUCUUGGUAGAGCUGGUUGCCUUCGUGAAGUUCUGGAGCUUAUAGAAACCAUGCCUUUUGAGCCUGGUUCGAGUAUUUGGGGGGCCAUGCUAGCUGCCUGUCGAGUUCAUUGCAAUGUGGAAUUGGCUGAAGUUGCAGCAAAGCAUCUCUUUAAGAUUGAGCCUGAUAACUCAGGGAACUAUGUGCUUUUAUCCAAUGUCUAUGCAGCCAAGAACCAAUGGGAGAAUGUAUCUAAAUUGAGAGCAAUGAGAAGGGAACGGGGAGUGAGGAAAAAUCGUGGUUGCAGUUGGAUAGAGGUGAACUCUUGUGUUCAUGAGUUCAUUAUGGAAGAUAGAAGACACCCAGACUCUAACUCAAUCUAUGAAGUCUUGGAGGGAUUGCUUGGCGAGAUGAUGCUGAUUGGGCAUGGGAUUGAUGAUUUAAUUUAGUCAUUUCAAACUGGAAACAAGACAAACAGAGAGAGAUCCAACUGGUCUGAUCACACCCCCUUCUCUCACAGAAGAAUGAAUAAGAGUAAGCUUUACACUUGGAUAGAGAUUUGGAAACUGCGGUGAAUGAACUCAUUAUGAAAAAGAACCAGGACUCGGGCUUUGAAGAUGUGGAGAAUUUGCUUGGAGAGAUGCAACCAUUCGGAAAUGAGAUUGAUGACUUUGUUUGGUAUUUCAAACUGGCUACAGUGAGAAACUACAUCAUACAGACUGCACCAAAUGUAACCCUAGUUCAUUUUUAUUGAGGGGAGUCCACGUUUGCUGAUCUCUCUAAGUUUUGUAAUCUGAAUUGCUAAGGCUUGAAGUUUACAACAAGAGGGGAACCGAACUGUCUGAAACCAAGUGUAUUUGCCAUUAAAAAUUAUUGAGGUGAAUCUGCAUUGCCAUUACCUGAACAGUAUUCAUCUAAAAACCAUGAAGCUGAGUAUGGAAAUUUAAUGGGCCUGAGAAUUAAUUUUCUUUUUCUCUUAA